AUGUCUGCCUCUUGGAAUUUCACGGUGGACGACACGAGUCCACUCCUUACCUACACUCCUUAUGCCGAUGGCUCAGGUUCAGGCCUCGCAAAUGGGUGGAUUCCGUGGUACACAGAAAACGGCUUUUUGUCCGCACCGGGAGAGGGCGGCGCUGGGGACUCGUACCACCUCACAUCGCUCAGUGGAGCUUCUGUGAACCUGAAAUUUUUCGGUACCGCUGUCUAUCUUUAUGGCACGAGUAACAGCUCAUACGACGCUGUGAUCGACGAUAAACGCUCGACGAAUGCCCCAACGGGCUCCAACCUGUUGUUCUCUGCCACGGGAUUGACCCAAGGCGCGCAUUCAGUCACGCUAACUGCUCGGCCGACUAGUUCCCAACAAUUUGCGUUCGACCGUGCAGUUAUCUCGGCGCAAUAUGACAAUCCCCCAGCGGAGUUGUUCUACGAUAACUCUGAUUCUUCCGCCUUGAAAUAUUCCGGUAACUGGUCAACACAAAGUGCGGCUGGGAUCCCCAACGCCACGGUCUCGCAUCCAUGGCAGCAGACAACGGACAAAGUUGCGAGUGUCUCCAUGGUGGUGAGCAACGCGGUCGGCGUGUCGAUAUAUGGGAUGGCGAACUGGGGCGGCUGGGUUUACACUGUCAACGUCGAUGGGAAGGAGUCGAGCUACAACGGGUCGACGUUUUGGAAGGUGCCAGAUGCCCUGCUAUUCUACCAGGGCGGAUUGGACCCGAAGAAGAACCACACGGUUACGCUUAGUAACUCGGGGGCCGAUGUCAAGUUGAACGUGAACUCGUUCCGUGUUUAUACCACCAACUCGAGGGUCGCUUCGUCGUCUUCUGCUGGCCAUUCGAGUGUUUCUUCUCUACGGCCUUCCCCGAGUAUUGAUUCAAGCACUAAUGUCGGGUCCGCCUCCAAGCAUUCUUCAGUCAAUGCUGGUGUCAUCGUUGGACCGAUAAUAGCUGUGCUGGUGCUUGUCGUUCUAGGAUGGUUACUGUGGAGGCGUUCAAAGUCAAAACACAAACAGGAAGGGGAGGGGUCAAUUGACGCGUUCGAGAAGGAACCUCAUCGCCCGAUGUUACCCCCCACAAGCUAUUCCGAUGGCGGCAGUCUGGCUUACAACUCCCCCGCGACAAAUAACCCAGUCCAAAGCUUUACGGAGUAUGCUACCAGCUCUAAUGGAACAACUGCAUUCUCCGCGACGUCUAAUUCGCAAACACGGAUUACUUCGGGAACCGAAAAGAAUGCUUUGGCCGGGGCAUCACCUGUGGCCCCGCCGGUGCCGACAACGACCACACGUUCGCCUGUGUCUGGGCUUGACUCGCGGGAUGUGGACCGCCUUGUCGAGCUCAUUGCUCAGCGUAUUGAUCCAGCAGGACAUAGGGAAGACGGGUUGGCGCCACCAGAAUAUCGGGGCAUGUAA